AUGGCGUCUGGCAUGGAGGAGAUCCCAGUUAAAGUUGCAGUUCGAAUCAGACCUCUGCUUUCCAGAGAAGUACUUCAUAACCACCAAGUGUGUGUGAGAUUAGUCCCAAAUACACAACAAAUUAUCAUUGGGGAAGACCAUGUCUUCACUUUUGAUUUUGUAUUUGGCAAAGACUCAACCCAACAAGAAGUUUAUGCUGUUUGCAUUAAGCCUCUUCUAGUCUCUUUGACUGAGGGAUACAAUGCUACAGUUUUUGCAUAUGGACAGACAGGUUCUGGGAAGACUUACACCAUUGGAGGUGGCCACAUCGCACCAGUUACUGUGGAUGAAAAGGGCAUAAUCCCACGGGCUAUUCAGGAGUUAUUUCAGCUUAUUUCUGAAAACUGUAACAUUGACUUCCAUGUGAAAGUAUCUUAUAUAGAGGUUUACAAGGAAGAACUUCGAGAUUUAUUGGAGUUGGAGAGCUCUGUGAAAGAAUUACAUAUACGAGACGAUGAAAAGGGAAAUACAGUGAUUGUUGGUGCUAAGGAAUUCCAAGUAGAAUGUGCAGAUGAAGUGAUAAGCCUGUUGGAAAGUGGCAACGCAGCCCGUCACACAGGCACGACGCAAAUGAAUGAGCACUCUAGUCGAUCUCAUGCCAUUUUCACCAUCACUAUUUGUCAGAAACAGUCUGCAGAGUCUCAAAAAAAUACUGAUGCUGCACAGGAUUCAUCCUGGAAAUCAGUCCAGAUGAUUGUUUCGAAGUUUCGUUUUGUGGAUUUGGCAGGAUCAGAGAGGGUGACAAAGACUGGUAAUAGUGGUGAACGCUUCAAAGAAUCAGUUCAGAUCAAUAGGGGUCUGUUGGCCUUGGGAAAUGUCAUCAGUGCCCUUGGAGACCCAAAAAGAAAAAGUGUACAUGUUCCAUACAGGGAUGCUAAAAUCACUCGUAUUCUGAAAGACUCCCUUGGAGGAAAUGCCAAGACCAUCAUGAUAACGUGCAUAAGUCCAUCCUCAUCAGACUUUGAUGAAUCUUUAAAUUCCCUCAGAUAUGCCAACAGAGCCAAAAACAUUAGAAACAAACCAGUUGUAAAUUACAACCCUGAUCAAGACCGGAUUGGUGAAAUGGAACUUGAAAUAAGAUUGCUUCGAGAAGCUUUGCAGAACCAGCAAGUCAGUAAUCAGUGUUCACAUGAAUUAAAUCAAGAAAGAACUCGUAUCAGUUCACUUGAGGAGCAGCUCACCCGACUUCAAGUUCAAUGUUUGAGUUACAGAAAUUGUGUAGAUGAAGUCUUCCCAUUUCUGGUUGAUUUGAAUGAUGAUGUUAGCUUAAAAAGAAGUCAGCGGGACAGGUUGCAGAGCUGGAUCACCAUGGUACACAAAGUAAGGAAGGAAGCUCUCACCAUGGAAGAAACUGACACAGGGACUGGGACCAGCCAAGAGACACAUCACAUCACAAUUCUUCAGCUAAAGAAGGAACUGAAGAAAUGCCAG